AUGGCGCAACAGCCCAUGACGCCCUUCUUCCCCAUCUUCGCCUCCAAGUCGGAUGGGCAGCACAUCGUCAACCUCAAAGGCCGGCCGCUCAGAAAUGGGCCGACCGAGGAACAGCUCAACACGUCGCCCAACGACCAGGGCCAGCGCGACUUCUACCGCCUCAUCGAGAAGGAGGACCCCAAGCACCAGGACUGGCGCAAGAAACUGGGCGGCAUGCUCCUGCGCGAGAUCGGAGGGAAGCAAUUUGAAGAUCGGUGGCAGCAAUGCAUCCUGUGGGAGCUGCCCGAGAACUACGUCCUAUACGAGCACAUCAAGACCAAGGCAGACGGCCAGCUGAAGACAGUCAAGAACCACUCGGGCGGUGGCCACGACAGACAAGACGCCUAUCUCUAUGGAUACCCCAAAGGCCCCAAGAAGCGCUUCAGGAGCCCUGUCGAGUUCUUCCCCCAUCUCCUGUGGCUGUGCACCGACGAGAACAGCGACAUGGCCAACUGCACGUGCAAGAUGUGCUCGCCCGCCGGCGACGUCGAGAAGCCCCAGGUCAAGGUCGAAGUCAAGCAAGAACAGCCUGCACUCAUCAAGCGCGAAAACAGCUCCAGUGGCGCUAUACCAAACACAAACGUCACAGGACGCAACCCCAUAGUGCAAAUCCCUGCCCAAAGAUCGUCGACCGGUGCGCCUAUCCCGAGUCCCAUCGUCAAGCCUUCUACGCCCGUUGCCGGUCCCAGACCUGCCCCCACACCCGCCGCUGCACAGAUCAGAGCUCCUCCGACAUUGCAGUCAACACCUCUCCCCCAGCCACGAUCCAUCGAACAACAAGCCGACUUGUCAUACAACAAAUUCCUCUGCCGGAGCGGCGAGGUGGUGUGGUUCUUCCGCCCCAAGACGUCAGCCUGGGGUCUGGGACUGGUGGUACGAAGAUGGGCUACCAAAGAGGUGCCUAUGAGCAGGGCAUACCUGAUUCAGCCUCUGUCGCAUCCUUUUGAAUCGCCUCCACAAGAACUCGUGCAGACCGAUGACCAUGUCAAGCCCUGGCUCGCCUGGUCUGCCCCCAGCUGCACCUUUCCCUUUCUACAGCAGAACCCUCAAUUCGAAUAUCACAACACGGAUUGGAGAGCACUCAUUAGCGGACAGGGAGGUGAGGGCAUAGCGUCUGUCGACGCGUCUAUAUUAGCUGCAAAAGCCAUCGAUACCACGUAUACACUCUUCGAGUGCCUCAAGACGAACAAGGACGACAAGGGAAACGAAGUGCGACAGUAUAACGGCAUGUAUCUGGGCGCCGAGAAGAUCUGGAGAGGCGAGGCUGUCCGUCUGCGCAUAGGCGCCACAGGAACCGAUCUCAUGGUCGUGACGGACAUCAUUGAGCAAGUCCUUGUCAACCCGCCCACCACCAAAGUCAUUGCCAUAGGCGACGUCUACAGCUACGCCACGUUGGAUGCUCCAGACGCGAACCUUCCCCCCAAACCACCCCAACAGAACAACAACAUCCCAUCGCGCAUGGUCCACGACAUGGUAUGGCGAAACCGCAUGCUCGUACCCCUCACCCGCACCGCAGCGUGGUGGAAGCUCAUCCAGCCAGCCUACAAGAUAGACAUCGACGACAUCAAAGGCCGUUGGUACGAGACAAGUCUCGUCUUCCAAGAGCCUUUUGCCAAAGCAGUCAAGAACGGCGAGGGCGGAAACGGUAUCUGGAUGAACUCGCGUGGCGACGCAACAGGCAAGGGCAAAGGAGCCAGUGUGGCGCAACCGGACCGCAUCGGUGCUUUUGGAGCUUCCGUGCCCAAAGGGACCCGCGUUGUCGAGGGCCUGGAUCCUCCCAGUCAGCCUAUGGGUCAACAACAGCAGUCGCAUGAUGGGAUGGAUAUUAAUAUGGGUGGCGGUAAUAUGGCGGACCCUUUUUCUAUCGACGAGUUUAUGCAUGUUGAUCAUUUGGGCGACGAUGCGGGGAUGGAGUAUGGCGGUAACAACAACUACACUUUUUAG